CCAUUUAGAAGAGGCUUUUUCUGUAGCGAUGAAACCAUCAAGUAUCCCUAUAAAGAAGAUACAGUAUCUAUUGCGGUAGCUGUCGCCAUCGGUUUUGUUUUAGCUUUGUUAAGUGUGAGUACAACUUUGGAAGAUGAAACUACUCUGGCGUUUAUCGGACGGUUCGUAUGGACGUGUGGUAUUGAAUUAGGAAUAUUUAUGUUCGGAGGUGCUCUUUGUCAACUGGGAGUUAGUAUCUUGAAAUUAACCGUUGGAAGACUACGACCUCACUUUUUAGAAGUGUGCAAUCCAGAUUUUUCUCGAAUUAACUGUUCAGGAGGUUAUAUUUAUGAUUAUGAAUGUCGUUUAAGUUCCACAGCCACGGCAGCUAUUUUAAGAGAAGCACGAUUAUCAUUUCCGAGUGGUCAUUCCAGCUUUUUAGCUUUUUCCAUGGUUUAUGUUGUCUUAUAUCUGAACAACAAAGCCAGAAGACAACAUUGUGGACUGGUUAAGUACGUGUUACAAUUUGCUGCAUUCGCCACAGCUGGUUACGUGUGUAUCUCUCGCGUUGGUGAUUACAAACAUCAUUAUACAGAUGUCAUCACUGGAUUCUGUAUUGGCGUUUUAUUUGCUUUUUUAACGGUAAGUUAA